CUUUUAAACAUUUCGUCGAUGCAAAACUUUAAAACAUCGGCAAAUCAAUGUUCUCAAAGAUAGCAACAUGGGAAGGAGUUGGAUUAGCCAAUAUGAAAUCGAUUGUGCACCAUUUUAAGUGUAAAAAACCGAGGAGAUCUACUAGAUUAGAAAUCAAGGAACAAGUAGAAACAAAAGGAAAAAUUGUCCAAUAUGGAGAUUUGGGGUAUUUUGAAAUUUUGCCACCAGAAUUAAAGACAAGAAUUUUCCAGUGUGUUACAAUUGAAGAAUUGAGUAUGCUUGCUUUGUCAUCCAAAAAUAUGAGAAAUCGUGUGGAGCAGUAUAGAUGUUCCAAAGCUGGAUUUAAAAGAUUUAUGCCAAUAGCCAAACUUCAUUUACCGGCCCCAUUGCCAAUUGAAGAUCAGGCAACAUUGCUACAUCACUUUUUAAAAUUAGGUUUACUUAUGAAGCGAAGUACAUGUCUGUAUGCCACAAAAGAGAGAUUGAAAUUAAUAGAUGCAUAUUUGUCAAAGUUGUAUUGUAAACAUUCUAACUGCCCAGAUAUUUCAAAUUGUAUGGGGUUGCUGUGCUAUGGAACAUUUCUGAAAUCUGUAAUAGCAGGCUGGGAUGACAUGGAAUGUGGGAGAGUCUUUGAUUUUAUCACCAACAGUACAGGAGUUUCUUCUGACAUAGAAGCAAUGCUGAAGACAGCACCAGGAACUCAAGCAAAUAGCAGUGUUGAACUGAAUACAAGAUUAUUCUUCAGAAGAGGCAUUUUAGAUUUUAUUAAAAGGAGAGAUGAAAAGACGGCUUGGCUGAGUCGAAUUCUUAAACCCCAGCCUAUUAUAUUUCAAGCUAGAUUGCUGUAUAUAAUAUUUGGACCAGCCUCUGAAGGAGAGAUAGAGUGGGAUGAAGUGUCAGAAAGUACUCCACGGAAUGCACAAGAAGCACAACAACACUUUGGUCAGUUGGCAAGUGCAUUGACCAUGUUAUAUCAUUACCACAGUGAGUGGUCAGAAGAUGAUAUCAUUAGUGUGUUAGAUGAGCUUACAAAUUUACCAGAUGAAUGGGUGUCAGAAAAUGUUGCUCAUCUUUUGACACUGUGUGGAGACACUAUCACUGUGAGGUCCAUUGCAAGCAAGGCCAUCAAUGGCAGAAUGCAAGAAGUAGCUAAUAUCAUUACUUCUAUAAGUCUGGUGUGUGUGAAGAACCACUACAACAGCAGUUGGGUAGUCUUCCUGGUUAGAAAAACAUGCAGUUUGUUGGACAACCCAAAAGAUAAACUGGCUCUCCUCAAUAAUAUUGCAGAGACGUUCAAAGAUUCCAUUAUGGACCUCCAUGAGUACGGGGAGUCAGAAGAGAGAGAUGCAGACUUGGAAUUUUUGGUGACUGCCCAAGCAGAAUUUAUGAAGGAAGUUCUUCCGCUAGCCUUUGAUGAUUCACUCAGUGGAAGGAAAUGCAGCAUUGGUUAAAUCUCUAUACAAGUUGCAAAAAUGAAUGACUACUACACAUACAAAUUAUUCACAAGUAAUUCAUGAUUUGGUUAACAGAAAAGGUUUUUACUUGACAUGAUGCCUUCAUAACGUUAUUGGGGC